AUGCCAUCCAGGCACCCUCCCAUACCCUCCAUCUUCUCCAAAGUACCGUCCUCUUCCUCGUCCAGCGCACGCUCCAGCCCGCACAACGCCUCUCCCGUCUCCCUAGCUCCCGUCCGCCCUCUUUCGAUAGCCGAGCUGGCCGACAAGGCCAACCAGGCCAGCGAUGCGCUCCCAUUCAGCCCCGCCAUUCCCAUACGCCGCUACCUCAACGGCGCCAACACCCUACGCAGGCAGGCCGCCGUCUACAACCGCGAGGGCGACAGAGAGUCGGAGUUCGUCUGCCUCGUCAAGUGCGCCCGGCUCCUCAUCGAGCUCCUCCCCAGCAGCCACCCGCAGUACAAGUCGCUCGACCCAGAGACGCGCGCCGCCGUCAAAAGAGACGGCCAGGAACUCCUCGACGCCAUCUCGGACGCAAAGUCGGCCCUCGCCAACAGGUACGAGGCCUGGAACGCCCUCGAUCCCGAAGCAAAGGCCGCAUACAGGCAGGCCGGAUCGGACCUCGGCGGCGGUGGCGGCAGCAGCCGGUCGAGAGCCGACUCGAGGAGCUCUAGGGAAGGCUCUGCGACGUCCAACUCGACUCCAAAGCCCUCGUCAGCAUCGAAUGCGCCUCCACCGCCAUCGCCACGGCGUUCGCACAGACCCGCCGCUUCCACAUCCGCCCCUGCCUCUGCGAGGCCAAAAGAGGAGCCCAGCAUCCCCUUCAAGAAACCGGACCGCGGAGACGAUGGCUUCGACGUCCGCCGCAUCCUUGGCUUUGGCAAGUCCUCGGCCGAUGCUAGCGGCAGCAGGCAACGGCGCGAUGCCCCGGCCGAGAUCCCCUACCAGCCUCCGACGGCAUCCACAGCCUUUACCAGCUCUCCGCUCGACCCCUUCGUCCAUCCGCACAGCAAGGCCAAGCCCAAGCCGGGCUCGAGCGGGUCCAAGAGGGCACCGGACAUCAAGAACAUCUCGUAUCCGAUACUCCAGUCCAAGCCAAGCUCACGGAUGAGCAUACAUCAGACCCAGCAGGGCUUUGCGCCCAGCUCCAGCGCCACCGCAAGGUACUACCAGACGCUGCGGACCAGCGAGACGGCCAGUCAACCCGGCAGCGGGUCCGGCAGCAGCAGCGGCAGAGGCGACCACACCGGCCAUGGCCAUGGCACUACGGCCGCUAUGCCUGACCCAUGGACGCACCAUUCCAGCAUGCCCUUCCCCGUCCCAGGCGCCCCUGCCCUGCCACCACCUCCACCGCGGCCCACACCUCCUCCGCCUCCGCACGCAUCCUACGCCCAGAUGCCUGUGGCCCAGCCGACGGGCCCUGCGCCCCCCACCCUGCAGCCAAAGCCGCGCUCGUUGCGAGGACCGCUGCCGGCGGUGCCGGCGUAUCCGCAGGGCAUGCCGCUGCCGCAGGGCGUGUCGCGCGACGCUCACGGGCCGGCCAUGCCGACGCUGACGCCGCACACGCCGCACACGCCGACGCCGUCGUCUUCGGCGGCUGCAUCCAACGUGCUCGCGCAGGCGGUGCAGCAGAUGACGCUGGGCACAGGGGGCCGCAGCCAGGCCCUGAGCCGCGAGGCCGCCUCGCUCCUCGCUGCCGCCGCCAAGCCCGAGCCAGACGAGCCGAUCCGCUCCUACACCGAGGGCGGCCAGCCGCUGCGCAGCCUGCUGGUGCCCGAAGAGGUCAUUGGGGCCUUCGUGGGCAUGUCGGACCCCAACACGCGCGCCAACCUCGAGACGUGCGCGCUGCUCCAGGGCCGGCUGGAGCGCAACCGGUUCCGCGUGAGCCAUCUCGUCUUCCCCCAGCAGACGGCCACGUCGGACAGCUGCACGACGAGCAACGAGGAGGAGAUUAUGGCGUUCCAGGAGGCCAACGACCUCAUCACGCUCGGCUGGAUCCACACUCACCCGACGCAGAGCUGCUUCCUCAGCAGCCUCGACCUGCACACGCACGCCGGCUACCAGAUGAUGCUGCCCGAGGCCAUCGCCAUUGUCUGCUCGCCCGCGCACGAGCCCAGCUUCGGCCUGUUUCGCCUGACGGACCCCACCGGCCUGCGCACCGUCGUCGACUGCCGGCAGCCCGGCCUCUUCCACCCGCACGUCGCCGAAGACGGCAGGGACCUGGCGCUCUACACCGAUGCCAUCUACGGCCAUGUUGCCCUGAUUGGCGGCAUCGGCCUCGAGAUUGUCGACCUGCGCAAGUAG